CAGAAUAUAUCACCGGUCGGCACUUUCUCUCUCCCGCUCACAACCAAACGGUUUCAUCAACUCGCCAACCACGUACGAAUCAUUAUGGCAUCAGAGCAGGCAAAAUUCGAGGCAUUCUUCAAGAAUGCCGAUAAAGACGGCAGCGGCAGUCUGACCUUUGACGAGCUCGCACAGACGCUGAGGAACAGCGGCUACAAGGGAUCGGACGAGACUCUGAAGAACUACUUCAGUAAUGCCGACAUUUCUGGGGACGGUAUAGUUACUUUUGACGAAUACAUGGUUGCCAUGGGGCAGGUGCCUCCGGAGCAGCAUAAGUAAGUUACUGUACUGUAGA